UCCCGCUUUGAUGCGUUUCCCGUUUCCCGUUAUGCGAGUGGAGUCGGUAAGCAGAGCGAUAAUUACCGCGGGAAUAAACAACCAACGGAAAACAACGACAGCGGGUCAGCGACAGCGGCGGAGAGCGGCCUCGGUCAUUACCGCAGGGGGGAUGCGGGGCUGUCGCUUCUAGAGCCGAAUCCGGGUUUUCAGCCGCAGCAUGGACGGGUUCCUGCGGUUUGAGGAGUGUGUGCGGGACUCGCCCUCGUUCAGGCAGUCGCUGGAACAGCACGAGAGUGACGUAGAAGAGCUGGAAGGUCGCAUAGAAAAGGUGGUGAAGCUGUGCAGUAGGAUGGUGGAGGCCGGUCAGGCGUAUGCGGAGUGUAAUCAGCUCUUCCUGUCUGCGCUGGCCGAGUUCACUCACUACAACAAACACACCGUCAUAGCGAACUGCCUGCGUCAGUUUAACCACGGCCUGCAGGAGAUGAUCCACUUCCACACAAUGCUGCUGGAUCAGAGUCAGAGAGCGAUCACCCAGCAGCUCACUCACCUCCUGUCACAGUUCCUGCCACAGAUGCGCGAGGCGCAGCGUGAGUUUGUGAGGAUAGGGGGCGAUGUGGAGUUGGCUGCAGUGAAAAACGCUCAGAUUACCCCGAACAAACCUGCAGAGGCAGAAAGAGCCAGUCACCUGCUGAUCGCCACGCGCAAGUGCUUCCAGCACUUCGCCCUGGACUACUGCCUGCAGCUGAAUAAUUUCAAGGUUCAGCAGAAGCUGGACAUCCUGAACUCAGUAUUCUCUUACUUCCACGCACAGUAUACGUUUUUCCAUCAGGGGUUCGACCUGCUGAGAGACCUGGAGCCCACCAUGAAGACCAUGGCAUCUGAGCUGGCCCAGCUGUCCACUGAGUGUACGGCUAAGAGGAAAGAUCUGGAAAACCAGCACCUGGUCGUCCAGCAGAGGGAUGCCUGUGGUGAGUCUGUGGUGGUGUUGAGUCCAUCCACUGCAGGCGUUAUUCAGGGCUACCUCUUCAAACGCUCUCGCAGGAAGAAUAAGACGUGGAAGAGGUGCUGGUUUUCCACCAAUAAUAACCAGCUGCUGUACACAAAAACACACAAGGAGCAGCCGGUGGUGCUGUUCGAUGACUUGCGGCUGUGUGCGGUGAAGUCUCUGGAUUCGAUUGAUCGGCGUUUUUGUUUCGAGCUCCUGAGUGUACAGAAGUGUUGUGUGUUACAGGCGGACUCGGAGGAGUUAAAGAUGGCCUGGAUUAAUGCAGUGCAGAGCUGUAUUGACAUCGCUUACCGAGAGAAAGAGUCUGAACACACUCAGGUGAAACCGUCACCCCCCGUCCCGGUCCCUGACCCCCCCUCCUUGCCGGCUGCACUGGGCGUGGCUGUCCGUGGCCAUGGUAACCAUCGCUGCUGUGACUGUGGGGAGGCGGAGCCUCGCUGGGCAAGUGUGAACCUUGGCAUCACCGUCUGCAUCGAGUGCUCCGGGAUACACAGGAGUCUGGGUGUUCACCUGUCUAAGGUGCGUUCGCUCACUCUGGAUUCCUGGGACCCAGAACAGCUGAAGCUGCUGUGCGUUCUGGGUAAUGAUGUCAUUAACAGCAUUUAUGAAUGUAGUCCAUCUGACGGACUGACAAAGCCUGAUCCUCAGAGCUCUCGUCAGGUGAAGGAGGUGUGGAUUAGGAGGAAGUAUGUGGAGCGGAGUUUUGUGAAGAAGGACUGUGAAUCUGCUGAUGCUGAGAACCUGAAGAUGCGGGUAGGACAGAAGCUGUACCAGGCGGUGCUGGACGGGGAACUGGUCACCAUGGCGACAGCUCUGGCCCAGGGAGCGGAUGUGAACUGGAGCAACCCAGAGGAGGCGGGCCGGACUGCCCUGAUUGGUGCUGCUAUUGGGGGUUCUUUACUGGCAUGUGAGUUUUUGCUGCAGAAUGGAGCCAAUGUGAACUACAGAGACCAGCAUGGACAAGCUGCACUACAUGCUGCAGCCACACGGGGGCACACCGGGCAGGUGUGUCUGCUGUUAAAGAGAGGAGCCAAUCAGUACGCAGCAGAUGAAAAAGGAAAGGAUCCGCUCAGUAUCGCCAUAGAAACAGCUCACGCUGACAUUGUCACCCUUUUGAGAAUGGCACGGAUGAAUGAGGAAAUGAGGGACUCUGAGGGGUUCUUUGGAUCCAUAGGCGAUGAUGAAACAUUCCAGGAUAUUUUCCGUGAUUUCAGCGACAUGGCGUCCCAUGAUCCUGAGCGCCUCUCCCGCAGGCAGUUCAGCCGCAAUACAGAGGAGGAGGGGGUGGACGAAACAGCUGGGGGGGCAGAGAGGAUAGCGGGAGGAAUGGAGGGAUGAGCAGCUGGAGCACCUGAGCUGAGGGGGCUGUUCAGGCGGUUCUGUCCAGAGUGGAUUUAGCUGGGUCCCCGUUUGAGUCCUUUCAGCGUUCCGCUUGUAGGGAGUGUCCCGACCCUGCUGCCCUCGGCUUGUUUAUUCGGGGCUGGAAUUCUAUAAAGCUGCUCUGUGACGACGGCUGCUGUAAAAAGCAAUGCAUACAUAUGUUGAAUUGACCUGAAUCGGUCUGAGGGCAGCUUAGCGUUGGGGUUGGGGUUGGGGUUGGGUUUAGGGUUGGAGUGGAGAUUUGAGUUAAAGCUCAUUGGAUAGUGAGUUAAGUCAGUUGGGUGGGCAGUUCAGCGGCCUGACUGGAGCUACUCUGUCAUUCCACAUUAACUCACCAAGCAUCUGGCAGGUCCCGCCAUGGAUUCCAAUGAAAAGAAAAAAAAAGAUAAAUAUAUUAAGUUAAAUACCAUUUAUAAACCAGCCCAUUUACAGUAAAAUAUUUGUAUUAGUGUUGUAUUUAAAUCUGGUUGAUAUUUCAGCCCAGUCCAUUCUCAAUAUUGAGUAUAUCAAACUUGAGAACUCGAUGGGGCAAAUAAUUCACAACAUAAAACUAUUUGGAGCACAACUGUGAUGUUGUUUGGUUGGAACAAUUAAAUAGUAUAUAAUAUAAGAAUAAAUAAUAAUAUAGUGGAAUAAGAGUUUUUUUCUCUUGCAUUUCAUCACUGCAGACCACAACGUGACCUUCCAGGCCCUGUGUGAGUUAAUAUGGAAUGAAACUAAGACUGAAGAGGCUGUUUAUAUAUGAAGCUACCUAUACACCUAACAGGCUGCUGUUUACAGGAGAACAGGGCACAACCUAACAUGGGGUUAAAUGUAACACUGAGAUUUUAUGUAGUCAAACCAGUUCUAUUAGAACGUGCUUCUGGUCACGUGUUCCCAUAGCAACGUCAUCAUCAAGUUUUCAUAGUAAUCAAAUUGAUAUUGAUCCAGAUUCACCCUGAAGACUGUUUUUCUUACCAUAAAGUAACUUUUUCCAUCAUAAGUGCUUGUGAUUAGUGAGCUGUACAGAAUUCACUCCUAUAUUGUUUUAAUCUGCUCUUGGUAUUUGUCGUAUUGCAGCGUUGAGAAGCAGAUAAGCAGCUCACAGUGAGAGCCAGACAGGCUGAAGUACAGCCUCCACACGGGGGGGUUAGUUUAACACACUGUAACAGCUCAGACCACCAAAGCAAACAAUCAGAGAAGUCUGUUUACCAGUCAUGUACAUUUAAAACAGCUGAAAGUUUGUAUACUCAAAUUCAUAAAAAACGAUUCUAAUUUACAUCAGAAAUACAUUUGCUGAUGCUUAGAGCUCCUUUUCAUCAGUCAUAUUUGCUUUGAUGCAGAUAUGUUUAUGUAUUAAGAUUGGAAACCUCAUAAAAAAAAUGUGUAUGAUGAGAUUUUCAUCAUUUUACCAGACAUUUUAUUGCCUGUUAAAUCUCGGCCCUCAGUCUAUUACAGUUAUAACCUAAGAAUAGCUCAGCCAGUUUGCAUUGGAGUAACGAUAGCUGCUGAAUAAUAAGCCUUAUUGUGUAAUAAGCCUGAGAUUUUAAGGGGUUAACUUAGUUUUUACUUAGAAAAUCAACAAAAACUUUAUUUCACUGUCAGUCUAUUACAGUUAGCCAUGCUUGUGGGGUAAGUUGGCACAUUUGCACUCGCUCUGCUAGCAGCUGAGGUGUUUGUAAACAGCAGGUGCUGGAAAGAAACACGUUUAGGUCGUUAACAUUAUUCAUUUUGCACAAAAACGUUUAAAUUCAAUUAUCAAGAACUAAAAUAGGUUGUGCCCCGCUCCGCCCUACUAAAUACUUUCGUUGAACGGCAGCAUCUGUGAGGUGAACCUGAACAACAGUUUAACUGUUUAAGUUUGUAAGUCUGUCAGUCAGCCGAUCGUUCUUAACACAUUCAGUGCAGUAAUAAACCUGCAAUUUAAAAACAAAGGGAUUUCUGUAAGAAGGGACGUGUGCCAGCUAAUUAAUCUUAAUUUAGCUAAAAACUCCCGUUCGUUUUACACGUUGCUUUACUUACAGUGGAAGUUUAUGUCUGUGUAAGUAUUUCGAAUAUUCAUAAGUGUGUAGUAAAUAUGUAUGUAUGCUUUUUUUACGUUAUGGUCACUUUUUGAACCCUAAAAUUGUGGUUACAGUUGAUGCUACUGGGCUCAUUUUUCAUUUGGGCCGUCGACGCUAUCAGUUUACAGCUGUGUGCAAAAGUUUGUGCACCCCCGGGCAAAUGUUUUGAUUUUUGGCGCAUUUUAACACACACACACACACUGUUUAUUUACUGAGUCUAAGGCCUGGGCCCACCAGCUGGCCCAAAGUUUUAUUAUACACCUCUAUAACCUGAGAAUAGCUCAGACGUUUCCCUGUAGUUACUAAUAAGCCUUAUUGUGUAAUAAGGGCCUUUAACGUGUAUUUUUUGCUUAGAAAAUUGACAAAAUGUGGAAUUUGACUGUCAAUGUUUUGCGUACUGCUUAUACUGUUGGGACUGAGCUACAUGUGACUUAUGGUUAAGUAAGUGAACAGCGGAACUGUCUUUUGACACUGGCUGAGUUUCUGAAGGAACUGUUGACGAGGGGUUGGUGCUGGAGAGUGUGUGAACGUUUGGUUGCGCAUUCCAGGCCCUCCUGUUGGAGUGGCAGAUCCCUGACCUUUGCCCUUUCCUUUAAAGUCACUCUGCCUGCUGUCUUUUCAGAAAGUGUUCUUAGCAGAGAAGUUCUAGCAGGGAGAAGUGCAUUGGACACUAGAGGGUGCUCACAAGUCCAGACUGAAUGGGAUCCUGUGGAGCUUCAGGGCAAAACGACAGUUUGUAAAUGGUUAAUUUAUUGAUUCUCUCAACAGCCAGUGCUGGUUGGAAUAAGCCUUUAUGAAUGUCUAUAACGGUUCAAGUCAGUUGUCAUGACAGGCUUAUGUAUAACACAGUAUAGCAUAUUUUAACGCUGCUGUUAUGUAUUAUAACGCUUUCCCACUCCAGUUACAGGACUUUCUAACUGUGUCUUAUGUAUGUUCAUGAGGUUAGUGAGCAUGAACCACUUUACUCAGCCAAUGGGCUCAUCAUCUCGCCAACCAGUCAGCCCACAGCAGGAUUAAUGCCAACCAGUCAGCACUCAGUAGCAGUAAUGCUGAAGGGUAUUUACUAAAGGAUAGUAUUCACAAGGCUACACAACACCUACGUAAGCCUUUCGUGACAACUGACUUAAACCUUUAAAGACAUUCAUAAAGGCUUAUUCCAUCAAGCAUCUAGAAGUUCUAGUUAUAUCAGAUUAAUGUCUGAAACCCCUCCUCCCAAUCUAACACCUUAUCAUCUCACAUCCUCACCCUCCGUUAUCAUGGCAAAGUGUUCACAACCGCCCCACCGUUCUUCAGUCCUACUACAGCUAUGAGAGGGUCCGGCCUUCUAGCAACAGGCAGAAUCUGCCCGGAACCCCAGCCCGAGUUCUCAGAGUUUUUCCCCUCCCUCAGUCAGUCUUCCCUCAUACUACCACCGCCAUGUUGAAGGCAUAAUCCGAACCUGUAAAGCUUUUAAAAAGGCUUAUUCUACCGAGUGUCAUAAAGACUGCUUUUGUCCAUUUUGUGUAUUUAUAUACACGUUUAUAAAGGUUUAUUUCAGUUAUGUAGGAGUCAUGGAGCCUUACGAAUGUUUUUGCUUUUCCAAAAUUAAAGGAAGCUCCUUGAUGAAUGGCUAGAAAACAUUUUAAUCCCUUUAGCUCCAUUCACUUCUGUUCAUUUAGGACUCUCUCUGGCGCCCUCUAGUGUGUAACACUCAUGCAUGUGAUGUGAUAUCGCUGCACUUAAACUCGCUCUGGUUCUUACUUUGCUCUAACUGUGGUUGCUGAUGUCACACGUCCUGAAUGAUGUUACAUUAAACCGCACUGAAAUACUCUGACCUGCUUUUAGACGUAACUUAUCCUGCUGGUCGACCCUGAGGAUGACCACUAAUGGGCCAGGACUCACCCGGGUUUAAACGUUUGCUAUAAUGUUGACUGAAAUCAUGUAGUGAUGUCUUAAAAAGCUAUGAAGUCUUUUAAUAUUAAUACAAUAAAAUAUAUUUAAUGCA